GAGAAACAAUAUGGCCGAUACUGUAUCUGUCAUCGUGAAAGUUUCUAGUGGUACGUCGCGUCGCGGCGACUCUGCAGGUGGUACGUGUGUUGUUGAGACCAAGUCAGGUCAUUAAGUUUUCAUAAAGGAGUAAAUAAUUAUAGAUGACAUUAGAUAAAACGUAAAGAGAAUAGUCACUCUACUACACGGGGGCCGUUAUUGCCGCGACGCACCUAACCUUCGUGUCAGAGUGGCGCAAUAGUGCAAAAUGGACUCGACUCAUCUUCCUCUCGUAUAGCACAUUGUGCGUUUCACGAUAUGUAAACGAAAUGCGGAUAUUGCGUUGACCUUGUAGAGUAAAACGAUCGUUACGUAAAGCGAUCAGCACGGGUUUACGUUUUGUGAGUUUCUAUUGAUUGGACUGGAAGUGUAAAAGAAUUUGAUAUGAGCUGACAGUGUUAAAUGUCGCUGAAAAAUAAAGAAUGGACGUCUUGGAUGACGCCGAAGGUCCCCUGGACCCUCGUAUACAGAUCGAGUUGGAGAAUUUGAACAAUGCUACGGAUGAGAUAAACAAACUUGAAAUCGAAUUGGAUGAAGCUCACACAGCUUUUCGGCAAUUACUAUCCGACUCGACAAGACGUCUGAAGGAAAUAGCAAACAAGUUGGGAGCCAGUUGUAUAGAGAAGUCACGAUGUUAUUACGAAGCUGUAGAAGAAGCCCGACAAGUUCGCGUGCAAUGUCAGCACCAGGCUCAGCUCUUUCAAAGAGCCAGCGAGAUUCACGCUGCGGCAAAAGAAACUGUCACCCUGGCCGAAGCCAGAUUUAUGUCGCAUCAGCACGAAUGGAAUUUUGAUCAAGCAUGGCAAGACAUGCUCAAUCAUGCCACCAUUAAAGUUAUGGAUGCGGAGAAUCAGAAAGCCGAAUGCGGCCGGGAGCAUCAUCGUAGAGCAAUGCUGGUUCACGAUGCCGAGACGAAGGUCCAGCAGCUGGAGGAAAAAUAUCGUAGGUCGAUUAUAAAGGCUAGACCAUAUUUUGAGGUGCUGGCUCAAUGCGAUCAGAUGUUGGCCACGCAGAAGGAACGCGUCGAGUUCCUGCAGAAGGGGGUCAAGGAAGCUAAGCAUAAUUACUCAGCAAGUUUAAGGGCUUUGGAGGAAAUUAGUAACCAGAUACAUCAGCAGCGACGAGAUUUCGACAUGGUCGCUAAUGGCCCGAGGGAGCCGGGUGUUGGUGCUGAACUCAUUAGUCCCCCGGAGAGUCUAAACUAUCAAGCAGAACUGAAUAAACUCAAUAUCAGUAGAAUUAAUUCUCUAGCAAGUAGCAGCAACGAGACUGAUAUCGACGACAGGGCUCGAGAUUUUGAGGAUGUUUUUGUAUUGAGACAGAAAAUGGAUCAGUUGAGCAGCCGUUCGGUCGACGGCAGCGAAUCUACUGCCAGCCAGUGGGAAUUGGAGUUGCAAGCUAGUAUGGAGAAAUUAAAUAAUCUUCCGAUAAGAAAGUCCAAUUUUGAGAAUAUCGACGCUGAUUGUCGAGAGAAUGGUGAUCCGAGUAUCGUGCAGAAGCAGGAAAGUGAUAGUGUUGAGAAACACGUUGACCCUGAGGAAAAGUCUGAAAAGAACGAGGAAAGCGAGGACGCCAAACUACCUAGUGAUUUUGACAUCUUUAAGAAGCCUUUAGCAAGGACUGAUUCCUCCUCGCAACCUCAACAUCUUGGAUGGCAAUCGUUGACGCAGAGUCCUAUUAACUCGAUCCUGAAUAAGUCGAAACUGGCCCUAAAAAAUAGUCUGUCGAAAUCGCUAAGCAACAGUCCUAUAAAUAUGGGAAACUUUAAUUUCGCUCGAAGAAAAGUUGAGGGGAUGCCGACACGGUCAGUGCAAAAGGAUGUAGUAGCCGAGGAAACGACAGCGAAAAAUUUGGCUGCUCAAGAGAAAUCUCAAAAUACUUUCGAGAACGUGGAAACUCGAACCAGUGAGAGCAAGAACGUGGAAAAUGUGAACAAAAUCGAUAUUAAUGAACCGCCGAGGACGAGGAAAAUUAUCUCAGUGGACAAAUCAAGCACUGAUAUUGAAGAAUUCAUCGAAAAUUGUACAACCAUCAUUGAUGAUCAAAGUGAUCCAGUGUUGCGUGCUGAUGAGGAAGCAGAUAUUAAAAGUUCAAUGCAUCCGGCAAAACCAACGCCAUCGUCUCUAAGAGUAGCGGAUCAAGAAGAUACGAGUACAAAAGUACAAGUACAAAAAUAUCGAGAACAGGAAAAUCUGGGCUGGCGAAGCGUCGACUCGAGUCCUAAUAAGACGUGCAACCCGACAUCCUCGCGACCGGCCAAAUUCGCUAAUAACAAUGUCAGCGAGGGUUUCUUCGAGUGUCCUGGAUUACGGAAGUCGAAGUCCAGGACGUCCAGUGUCAAGGAAUUGCCACUACUGGCCAUAUUUGAACCAUCAGCGGCGAACAACAUGCCCAAGGACAGAAGUUGCAGUAUGGUUAACCUCGCUGAGAAACAAAAUCUCAAGACACUCCUGGACAGCACGUCACUGGGUAACAUUCAGACCGUCAGCGUGGACAAGCUGGCGACCGCCAGACAGAAUCUUGUCAACCGUGAUAAUUCUGACUGACGUCAGGAUUGUUCCAAGGAAUAAAAUAGCCUCCGUAUAAAUAGCAACGGGUUACAAUUGUGAUAAAUAGCUUCUGUCUAAAGAAAUCCUACGAAUGAUCUUACCUUAAGUAACCUAAGGUCGUCCAGGACGAGCGAGAAUCUCAUGAGUAAUCGGAAAUCGUAAUACAGAGCAAGGAAGAUGCGAAUAAUCUGCUAGAAUUUAAAAGGGACCCAGGGAAACUGAGGUUACGAGUCUUGGUCCUAAAGCAUAACAGUUACGCACAUUAUUACAUGCGUCUCACGUUCAUUAUUGAAUCUUGUGUUUUUUUUUUUUCAAUUUUAAUCCACUCGCUCGUCCCGACCUGGUAUAAUGAUCUUGCAUAAUCCUACUAGACACGUUUGAUACUCGUAUACGCAUACCGAACGAAUUUUAAAGCAGUAAAUUAUUUAACACUCGCCAAGUGGGCUCUAACGAUUAUAGCCCCAAUACGGAAGAUUUUAUAUAAUGAACAAUUAAUAUUAUGAGAAAAUGACGGCAUGCGAGAGGAAGAUUAAUCGAACCUCGCGCAUGCGCAGCGUGUCAGAAUUGAAGAUACGAACGAGUGAUAUUAAUUAAUGACAGCUCAACUAAAAGACAAUUUUCUAUAUUAAAAAAAAACUAUUCUGAACGAUAAUCGAUAUUAACGAUGCAUCCUCGAAAUUCGCUGGCCUUAUUCACUUUCCAGUUUAUCCAGGAAUUAUUAAUAUAUUUCAAAUCAAGCUUUGCGCAAUUUUUCAAACUCACAUAACUACUUUUUGGCAUGACAGUUCAUUUUUAGGCAUUUCCUACAAUGCAAUUUCCAACUGCGAACUCAUGGCACGUGUAUAGGAGGUUGUAAUUAGCGAUUUUUGGGGGGAUCAGUGACGUCACUGGUAACAGUAACCUCGGUGCUUUGAAUGACCGAAUAACUAAUGUUUCUUGCCAAAGUAAAGAAUAAUGAAUUUUUCAAGAGAAUCGAAAUAUCGAUUAUUUUUAAAAUUUAUAAAAAAAAUCGUCUAGGCUAGAGAAAUUACGUUUUAUUUCAAAUUUGUCAUUAUCCUUCGUUCAGACGAUAUAUAUACAUACACACAUACAUAUAUAUAUAUAAUUUUGUAAAAGCUGUUAUUGGCUAACAUUGAUAUUAGAUUUUAGUAAUUUGUAGAUAGACUAAUUAAUGUAUUUGCGAAGCCUUUCAGCGACGUAGAAAAAAACGCAUAGCUAGGUCUUUCAAAUGAAUCCGAAUCAAAAUAAUCGAUUGAUCGAAUCGUCGCGUAAAAUUCUUUCGAUUAAAUUCUUUCUUUUCUUUCCUCGUGUCUCUGAUUACGUAUAUCGCUGAAACGAAUAUACAACAAUUAUAUCCCGCACGAUUCGACGAUCGUAAGCUCUGACAAUUCUUUAAUCAAUUUAAUUUAGUUAGUAUCCCACGCAUGUACAAAUUAUUGACUUUAUCCGCGACUACAGGUUCCCAAAUAUUUUUAUAUUUUACUGUGCUUUUUAUAAUCGACUUACUUUCGCACUCACGAAACUAACCGAGCGAAUACACGCGUCACUUGUUAUCGCGUUCGUCGGAGGACAAAAUAUUAAAAACAAAAGGGAAAUAAAAAAUCACGAUAAAAUAAAUCUCUUGCGUAACGAUAAAGAACGUGCAAAUAAUAUUAUUUACCAUCUGUGGAUCGAUUUCCU